GCUAGUGUUAAAGUAGCAACAACAAUUAAUACAACUAUUGGUCCUUCAAUUGAUGAGUUAUUAUCAAACACAAUGUCCGGUCUCGGUGAUGCUAAACCCAACCAAUGUCCACUAACCAAAUCCGAUUUCAAAUCGACCCCGCCCAUCAGAGGAAUAGAAACGAGACCCUUCCCAGUCCCUCUCAAUAAAACAUACUCAGUCUCGACAAAAGCGGCUAAAGUCUGGGAGAAAGGAGGAGAAGAAUUAAGCGGAUUAUUUAAAACUGAAACGUCAGGAGGUACUAAUGAGAUAUCUUUUUCUCCUGGUUCUGACGAUGGGUUUGGUGACUUCCAAUCGGUAACUAGUAAUACUGUUACUAGUAAUAGUGUAUUAGCAUCAGCUGCUGGUAGAGAGAGGGUUGGAGGUGGAGGGAUACGAAGAGCGCUACCUCUCAUGACUUCACCUGCUGUUGGUUCUCCUGUUCUGGUCCACUAUCAGUCCGGGGGUCCUCCUGUCAUGGCUACUACUAGCAGCAUUCAAUCACCUUCUCUACCGACCUGGCUAGUGUCACCGACUGUAGAGCUACCUGAUGUUUAUAAGGAAGUGUAUAAGAGAUGUUCUAUUAAUGGCAGUCAGUUCACUCACACUGAGUCAUUGUUCCCUCUACUGAUAUCAAGUGAUCUUGAUAGAUCAGUCCUUCAUGAUCUCUGGUCUGCAGUUAAUCUAACCUCACCAGGUCAACUGACACAAACUGAAUUAUAUCAACUAUUAGGAUUGAUUGGACUAGCACAGAAUAGACAAAAUGUUAAAGUGACCUUACAUGAUUUAUUAAUGACACCAUCUCCUCCAGUACCGACAUUAAAAGCUAUUAAUAUCAUCAAUACUAGUAAUGAAGAUGAUUUUUGUGAAUUCAAAGCUUCACCAUUAGUCCCUCACAAGUUUGAUGGGGUGGGGUCAGUAGGCGUGGCCUCAACUCCACCCACUACUCAACCAGCCAGUGAUCCAUCGGAUCCUUACUCCGCCCUAAGAGUACUAGCCCCUCCCACUAAUAACGACCCUGGCACUCAAGGCCUACUGACGAUAAACAAAGAACCAGCAACACAACAGCAACAAAACCAACAACAAAUUGAUCAACAACGACAUCAUGAUCAACAACAUCAGAUCCUCCAUCAACAGCAGGAGCAGCUGCCUGUGAUUAAUACUGAUGUACAACCCAGUACUGGUGAUGGUUGGGCUGACUUUACUUCAUUCCCUGAUACCAGUCAACCACUGGCCACUCCUUCUAUUGACACUACCACUUCCUCUAAUAUCAUUAAUAUGAUGAAUCCUACCACUACUCCAGUAGUGGUAGGAGGGGGUCCUGUUUCUGGUGGGGUUGCUCCAGCUGGUGCCAGUGAUGGGUUGAUCUGGUCAGAUGAUGAAUUCACUGAGUUCUCAACCUAUCAAUCACAAGAUGUGUCAGUAGCUGAACCAGUUCUUUCAUCUCCCUCUCAUACUAUUGGAAGAGGAGGAGGAGGUGGUGGUGGGAUAGUGUCACCAUCUCCUACUAGUCCAAUGAGUAGCACAUCAACUGAUAGUAAUAAGUCUAUUGGUUUGUCUGAGAUUUGGUGUCAGUGUCUUCAGAAGUGUCUGGACCUCUUAAAAGACUCUCAGUCUCUUUUAACAUCAUCCAGCAAUGAUGAGGAGACACUGAAUAUAAUCAUUAAUGAGAGAGAAGGAGAAAUGAAGAUUAAAGGAUUGGCUGAGUUGUAUCGGUUUGCUAAGAGGCUCCACACGUCAUCAAGAGGACAGGGAAAGAGCUUAAUGUCACAUUCAAAAAGUAAGAGAGUCCUCAGUAUUAAGAACCUGAGGGUACAGGCUUACGGAAGCAGUGAUGGCUUCAGCGACAAGUGUUCUCACUGCUAUCAAGAUAGUACUGGUAAGGCUUUUAUACCGAUUGUGGUUGGAUCUGUCAUUGGUGGACUGGUACUGGUGGUUCUUGUGUCUUACAUUGUGGGACGGUUUAGAAACCAUUAUAAGAAAUCAUCAAGCACUGGGUACGAGAAACUCCAGUAA